AUGACCAAGGAGGGGCAGGGCUCGGAGCAGCUUCCUGCACCACUAUGCAUCCCAGGCCCUGGAGAAAAGAUUUUACAGGAUUUCCAAAUCCUGGUGCAGAAGGUGGGGGGGAGACCUGAGGUUCUUCUCAUCGGGGAGACCCUGGAGGGCAAGGACAUUCAUAAGAUGAUGGCCUCUUUUGUCAAGGACUUGUUUUCUGCUCCCUGUCACUCAGUCCACCCUGCAGAAGCUUUGAAGGAGCCUUGUAGCACCUCCUGCCCUAUUGGUGGCAAGCAAUGCCAGCUCAUCUUCUUUCUAUGCCGUGCCUCCUGUCUGAAGGGCAAGGAGGCUGAACUGCGGAAAGUUUUGAAGGAGGUGAAGAAGUAUGUCCAGAAAUCCCCCUGCGCCUUAGUGGGAAUCAUUAUGGAACCCAAGAAAGGGGAGGCCGAGGAAGCCCGUGUCCACCUGCUCCAGCUGUUGCGGGGCAUCUUCCCAAAGGUCACAUCACAGAAACGGGGCAAACAACCAGCUACCAAGGGGGUUCAGGACCAUGCAGGGCCGAUGGAAUUGGAAGAAGUGGAGGUAGAAGCAGAGGUCUAUGUCCCAGGUUUUCCCCGGGGCAACUUGGCCAUCAUGAAGGCAGCCUGUCGUGCUUCGGAAGUCCUGAGCAGAGGUUUGCCGGACGAGGUCUCUAAGGAUCCCCUACCCGUUGCAGGUUCUUCCUGGACUGUCAUCAUCAUCAGAGGUAUUCUGGGGACUAUGUGCAUCGUUGGCAUGGCAUCUGCUGCAGGAUGGUACCUCUACCAGCAAGGCAUGAUCCCACCUGACAUGAUCCCUGCAGCCCUGCUUGCCUUUACUUGA